CACCAAUCCCGUCUGUUAUAUAUUCUAUUUGUCUACAUCGUGGCUACAUCGGAGUAGCUACGAACCUCCUGUCUCGUAACGUAGCCAUCAAGUUUAUUCAUGAGCCUUCGAAUUCGGUCGGGCGCCGAUCGCCAUUCCCGAGCCGUAACCCGCGGUCUCGGAUCAUUCCUUAAACCCGCAACCCAGUCGACAUUAUAUCUUGGGGCACCAAUACAUUAUAUCCAGCGUCGUUUCGGAGGGAGCGGGUGGCUCUGAAGAAGAGUAGUAGAGGGAUAUGCAGACAAAUAAAGCCAAGGCCGAGGCGCUGGGACGAAAGGCGAAACUCGCGAACUCGUAUCAGGAGCUACUCGAUGAAUUCUCGAACAAGGAUCUUAAGAAUGUCGGGAACUACACCUUAGGGAAGCUUAUAGGGAAGGGUUCCUUCGGCAAGGUCUAUCUCGCAACCCACAAACUCACGAAUGGCUCCAAGGUCGUCCUCAAGUCAGCCAACAAGGAUGACGCGAAUCUCGCGAGAGAGAUCCACCACCACCGUCAAUUCGUCCAUCCCCAUAUUGCGCGUUUAUACGAAAUAAUAGUGACAGAAACCCUCGUAUGGCUUGUUUUGGAGUAUUGCCCAGGCGAUGAGCUCUAUAAUUACCUCCUUAAACAUGGCCGUCUACCGGCCGAAAAGGUUCAGAGGAUAUUCACCCAACUCGUCGGCGCAGUUUCCUACGUCCACCAACAGUCCUGCGUCCAUCGCGACCUGAAGCUUGAAAAUAUCUUGCUAGAUAAACACGAGAACGUGAAAUUGGUCGACUUUGGGUUUACGCGAGAAUACGAAGGCAAAGCAAACUAUUUGCAGACAUUCUGUGGUACAAUCUGUUACUCGGCACCGGAGAUGCUGAAAGGGGAGAAGUACGCUGGUGAAAAAAUUGACGUGUGGAGCUUAGGUGUGAUUCUUUAUGCGCUAUUAUGCGGCGAGCUGCCGUUCGACGACGACGACGAUAAUACCACAAGAACCAUGAUCCUCUCGGACGAGCCGAAAUAUCCAGAACAUUUGCCCCCUGACGCAGUUUCCUUAAUUAAGCUCCUCCUCUCGAAACGACCGCUACUAAGACCUACACUUCCCGAGAUUCUUUCUCAUACUUUCCUCUCAGAAUAUGCCCCUCAGCAACAAGCGAUCCUUAAGCUACACCAGCCCCCUCCUUUUGCGACACAUCUAGAGAAGGACUGUUUACAAAGGAUGCGCAGCGCGGGCGUAGAUAUCGAUGCUGUCAUCGAGAGUGUUCUGGCCCAGAAGUGCGAUGCGUUAGCUGGUUGGUGGACAUUGUUGCUGGAGAAGGAAGAGAGGAAAGCUCGCCGACGCGAGAGGAGGAGGAAGGAAAAGGAAUCUGAGAAUCGAAAUUCGCGUCGAUUCUCAGCAGCAUCUAGCAAGCUCGAGCGAAUGGCUCCGAUUCUGGAUGAAGAUCCUAGUGGCUCUGGUUUUUUAGGGGAACCACCCUUACCUAAGGUCAGAGGACGUUCAGAAAGAAGGAGUGCUCAAUACAACGACUACCAAGUCCCAGAGCUACCUGACUUGCCCGAGUCUCUGGUUAAGAACCAUUUAAGCCCUGAUACUAACACACCGCCGCCUCCUAUUGAUAAAGACUCCGUGCGAUCAGUCAGCUCGUCCCGUCACCAGCGUCCCAUACCUCCCCCAAAAGAAGGGAUCCUUCGAAGUGCACGAUCUAGAGGUUCGACGCUUCACCUCGUAACUACUUCAGAUGCGCUAAACAGAAAUGAGGGACAAGAAACGAAUCCUCCCCCCAAAGUUAGAAAGAAGCCGUCCCAGGCAAUCGUUGCAACGUGGAAGAAUUGGACUCACUGGAUCGUCGAGAGUACGAGGCGGCAUAGACCUAAUAAACGAGGUAGUAUGUCAACACCCAACCUAGCCGCCAAAGAUGGCCAUUCUGGUGGUAACAAGAACCCGAAAGACCAGAGCCCUCGGCCUCAUACAUCUAAGUAUCCACACUCUACACAGGGCACUACCGCAUCGAGUGGUGGGACUUCGCCGCUACCUAACGGCAUUGUGAAGAUCUCUAGUGCUGGUGGUGGUAAUCCGACAAGGAAGCCUGUACCGGCGCCGCUUUCAAUGGCUUCUAAUCCGGGACCACGUCGUAUGCCAUCCGGCGCCUCGUCAUAUAAGCGUCAAUCUCUGUCGCCUGUACCUUUAACGCCACGCUCUACGAUCCGUCGUUCGUCUAUUGGUCUCCGGGGACGAAAGUCAACCUCAUCUUCUCUUUCCUCCAUUCGAACAAUGCCACAUCACCAUCACUCACAUUCAAAAGCUAGCUCAACCAGCUCUACCGGGUCAGUGUCGACUACGAAGACUCCUGGACGCUCGCCCCAUCACUCGGUUAAGGUCCUUCCGGCCACGCCAACGAGCACGUCAUUUCCAUCCAACAUUCGUCUCGUCCGCGGUCCAGCACUUUCGCUGAACUUCAACGAAGGCAUGCCCUCUAAACCCUCGUCGCAAAAUCCUCCCGGAUCUCCCAAUCCAUUUUUAUCAAAUAGUCCCUCAGUCCUAUUUGCGAAACGCAAGCGCAAUUUAUUUAAGGGACCUAUGCUCUCUAUCGGUAACCCACCUCGCAGCGGUACCAGCUCCGGCGGCCACAGCCGGAGCGCGAGCGCAAGUGGAUUGGCAAGAAGGAGCGGCGAGAUCACGAUUCAGGAAGAAGACGAGGACGCGGAAGAAGCAAUCGGUGAUAUCGAGCUCGACGAAGACAUCGAGGAGGUAGACCAGUUCAGCCCAAUUACGCAGGUCCCUGGGGAGAAAGUCGAAGAGAUAUACGAGGGGGAAGGGGAAGCUAAAAAUAUGUCGCCAACCGAAGCUAGCCAUUGAGAGAAGGGAGGACUUAACUUGAUACCCCGAAACGGAGAUGAGACGAGAUGAGAUGGAUGCAUUGCAGCGGAGCGAGCUAUGUUCUUCCGAUACGUCCAGCAAGACGUGUUGUUAUAUUUAUAUAUAUAUUGGUACAUGGAUGUCUGUAUGGACAUCUAGUUGGUUUUUUGUUUUGUUUGGUUCGCACGUCGAAAUGCCGAGGCGUGGUUUAAAUUUCGUGGUGGCUUGUUGUUGUUGUAUGAUUGGUUGCUGUUGAUACCGGAGGGGCUUUUUGAAAGGGAAGAAUGGGAUGAGGGAAGGUUAUAUAUCAGAUGGUGUGAGUGAUUGCUGUGCUGAGAUGCAGCUGGCUAGGCUGUAUUGUAUGUGCUGUGCUGUACUAGAUCAAAGUCAAGAUAGUUUGAAGGAUGUGUUGUGCUGCUGAGAAUCGCGUUUGUGUGAGAUGGCGAGAUGUGAAUGGAUAGGUACAGAACUAGGUUGGGGAAACGGUAAUUCUAAUCGUAAUGGUAUCUGUCUGGGGUUUAUGGGUCGAUGGGGUUUAUGGCAUUUAGGGGUGAAAUAGGUACCCGUGCUUCUAGAUUGCCGGAUAUUCCAUUCUGGAUGCUCUCUACCUAGACUGAAUCAAAUUUCGAAAGAUAUAUAGG